AUGUCUUCAAAUCAGCCCAAUGAGGGCCACAAGCAACCUCUGAAUGACCCCAUGGCUGGCUUCUUGGGAGAUGAAGACUCUAUACCCGAUGACACGGAUUAUUCCGAAUGUAGUGAUGAAUCAGAAGAGAGCAAUCCUGACCCAUGGAUUCCACACGACCCAUUUCUGUCGGAUGUGCGGCGAAUACAAUGGCCAAAGGUUCUGAUGCCUCCCAAAAACGCCAAGGAAGGCUGUUGGGAUCACGUUCGCUAUGCACCCGCUUGGACGGACCCAGACUGGGAAGACAAUGGCCCGGGGCGAGACGAUCUCGACUACCCCAUUAAAAACGGUCUCAUGAGUCAAGUUAGACCAGCAUUGCUUGCAAAAGAUCAGAUCCAGAACCCGACCCAGUAUGCCAAGAGAUUCGGCAUAUUUCCUGGUCGAGUUGACGGUCGUUCCAGGACAUCCCCAACUCGGGCCGAGAGCCGACAAGUAUUUCCCAGCGGAGAUGUCCGAACCGGAAAGCAAGUAUUCAUUCGGCUUGAGGAGUUGGCUGCUGAAAAGGGAUAUUCUCUGGACGACUUCAUGGCUCAAAAAGGAAUCGACACGAGCAAUAUGCGCGAAACUGACGAAGCAUGCAUUCGAGUGUAUGAAGAGCUACUGGUUGACGAAUAUUGGCAAGGAAUCAUCUUUGGAGAUUUAACAAUGGAUGAGCUGCGUGCUGAAGACUACUUCACUAUGGGCGAUGCCGAAUCGAAUCUGAAAGGACCAUUGCAUCCGUUGCUGGAUCGGUCCCGUUGGGUUAACACACGUUGGCUUGGGUUUGAGGAAACGGAACCCCGUACUGCAUAUAACAUUAAUGGCGAGCGAGGGGAGUAUGAUCCACGAAAGAAUGACAGGGUCUGGGACGCCAUGCAGCCAGCUCUCCAACUCGCCUCACGACUUCUCCGGGCAGACGAUCCCUUCCUCUCCGCCGUAAAGGACGUCACGAACAGGUUUCGUAUUGACGAUACGCUCGACCGGAGGCCAAUUGAAGAGAGGGAGGAGACCCCGAGAUUCCAGUUUCGGCGUUUUGUCGACAUGAAUGACCCCGAUUUAGUGCCAGCUGCCAAAAGGAUGCGACAAUAUCCCAAUUUCAACGCCUCGGCUUUCACCGAAGCUGCACUCGAGAGGUGCCUUCAGCUGAAUAUACGUAGCGGGCACUAUCACUUCGGUACUCGCUUUUUUGAGAACGCGCCCGCCGGCGUCACGGCGGGCUCAGCCUUGGAAGAUCCGAACGCGCCCAUCAGGAUAAGCAUAUGUGCGGAGCUGGUCUGGCCGCUCUUGGAACCAAAUUUCAGCACGAGCGAGAAACUGAUGGCGAGCUUUAUCCUUGCCACGACCAUUGUCCAUGAACUCAUGCACGGGUGGGGCAUCUCUCACUACAAGUGGCUAUACAGUCCAGACGCGUAUGGAAUCUCAGACCCAGUCCUCCAAGGCAUUUGCGAUGAACUACGCGAGGAACUGUAUCCUGGGGGGAAAUGGUCAAUGUCCAUGGAGCCGAGCUUCGAAGAAGAUUCCGUUUCAGAGCUUGGCCAUGCAUAUGAACAACAUGUUCUUGGCGGUGGUUCGUGGUCGUUGUCUUCCAACAUGAGCCUGCGGGCAGGCCCAUCCCUCCUAGGAGACUAUUCGGGGUUGGCUAUCCACGUUAACUGGCCCGAUGGAACGCCUGAUGCCAUGCUGCAUGUUCUUUCUGAGCCCAAGCCUCGUUCAGAACAGUAUGCCCAUUUCCUCCGAAUCAACGAUGUCCAGCAAUACUUUACCGAGGAGUUUUGGCAAAUCUCGGUCAAGAAGUACGGCAUGGCUGCGAUGAGGAAUCCCUCGAAGAAACCACACAAGAUUUUCUUCGCUCCCGAAACCUGUCGGACCAGCGCCGCACUCUUCCGUGAGAGCGGUCUGGGCCCAAGGGAAGUCCGGGAGUGGAUAGUCAACUACCUCUACACCCUCAACCAGCAGGGCAAAUCCACGCUCAACACAUAUCUACGGACGCUCGUUUCAGAAGCAUGUAAUUUUGGCCUGAUGACCAAGCGCUUUCUCAAAGACAAGAAAACACGAACUGCCACCGAGUGGCUCUGGCUAAAGACAACUAAAUUCGCCCUCAUGCUUGUCCUAGAGCUCAGAGGCCACGUGAUCGGGUUGUCGAACAGUUCAGAGGAGAAGAAACUCGCGAGCUUUAACAAGGAGUACUCGAGGUGGAUGCAACUGGCCACCUCGGCUGGCGCUUGGCCCGAUGAACGGUCUCAGAGGUGCCAUGGCGGCGUCUACACCUUUCGUCAGUCCGUCUCUAACAUUAGUAUAAACGACCACAACGACCGCAUCAUCCCAAAGUUGAUGGACCUGGUAAACUACCUCGAGGCUGAGCGUGAGCACCAAGAAAGUAUGCUAUGCGAGCUUUAUAAGCUUCCUUCACAGUUCUGGGUACACUACAAACGCGGGUUUGAAAGCCACUACAAGUUCUGGAAAGACCAGACAACUCUCAUCUUAAGGUCGCUGUCUACUAUCAUGCAAAUGGCGAACGACAUCCGCGCCUGCUUUCCGCCUUGGGAUGGCGAAUGGAGAGCGCGGUUGCAGUCUCUUGCAACGGCAUUCACCAACAUCCAAAGGCUCCUCGAGAUGGACAAUAAGAAAGUUGGCGAAAACUGGCACGAUCUGUUGGUGACGGUGCCCAUGCUUCGCAAAUGCCGGCGGCAGGCCCAUCAGCGGUUGUUUCCCUUUGCCAAGCAGGAGAUGCUGAACCUAACGGGUGAGGAUCUUGAGAAUCUGAAGGAGUUUAAGAAACAGCUCGAUAUCAUGGUGAACCUGGAAUCGUACAAGAUUGUUCUUCCGGAAACGGACGUGGAUGAACAGGGACUCAUGCAAAGGUGGGCUGGCCUGCUGGAUGAUGUGAUGGAGAAGAAAUCGAGCGGGUCAAAACUGGCGAGCGUAUUCGACACGCGGCCGGUGCAAGGCCUCGCUGGAAAGCUGAAGCAACAGGAGUUGGAAGCCGAGAAGAACAAAUGGGAUCGUGCAGCCGAGCAGGCAGCAAAAAACACCAAGAAGGCAAGGCAGAAGCAAAAAGGACCAACACUUCAACAAAGAGCCGAGUCUCAGGCGCUUCAAGUGCCACAAGUCACACCACAGAUCACGCAGCCAUACGUCCAAAGCGCUGCUGUCCCGUUUGGAGGCUUCCAGGCAGCGCAGUUCGGGCAGACAAGCCAGAUGUCCAGCUCAACACCAGGCCUCGGCACCACCAGCCACGGUUUUGGGCCCUACGCGUCUGGUUCUAGCUUAUUCCCGUCACAAAAAGAAGGAGAGAAGGCACCAUGGACAGCCAACAACCCGGCUGAUCAGGCCGCUCAGGUCAAUGAAGGGGAUAAAAGCAAACCAUAUAAGACACAGCCUAUUGGUAGCAUCAUGCCUCAUCCGUUUGCGAUCCGAUCGACUAUCACAAAAGACCUCUUGAACGUGGUAUCAGAAAAGCUCGAAUCUUCAGCUGUAGGUUCAUUUGAACAAGAUGGGCCUCGAGAGGGCGAGUCUAUUCUUGGGCGGCCUGGGCCUCAGGGAGAUGGAGAGCUCGGGAACAUGGACGACGCGUGGGAGCAGCAGGAUGUCGAGAUGGAGGGAGUGGAAUAUGACGAUGAAGGCCAGGAAGAGAAUGGUGAUGUGUUGGAUAAGUGGCUGCAGGGCGAAAAGAGAAACGAGGAAGAACAGGCCGCUGCCCGGGACCGCGAUGCGAACAAGGGUCACAAUGGCAUGAACUUCCCACCGGGUGCGGCAUUUGUCGCAAAGUUGAUGUGGGAUGACGACGACACUGUCUCGACGAGUUCGGUAGCUUCGAGCCCAGCGACUCAGGAGAGCAACGAUACCACGGCCGUUGAGUCGGAUGGUUCAAGCGGACUCGAGACGGACGGAGGCUCUGGGUUAGAUACGGAGGUUGCCGAUGUUAAGUCAGCAGGGUUGAAGAGAAAGCGGAGCUGUGUCGCUGCAGGUGAGACCAAAAGGGCUAAAUUGGACGGAAAUAAGAGAGAAGGCAAAACAUGGUGGAAAGUGGUAGCUGAAGCUUGGCGUUUGAGGUGA